AUGCUGCCUUCUAUGCCCGUUUUAUUUUCUCGAGAGAGUCAAGAUGCUUUUGGUAACAAGAUUGAACCAAGCACCAGCUUUUUCAGUGCAAAUUUGAUCUCAAAACCACCUAUCAAACCAGAGCCCCCUCCUCCGCCUUAUACAAUCACUACGAAAGAACCCGUAAAAUCAGUUCAAAAGGAACCAAAAGGAAAAGGAAAUACUAAGAAAAAAGAUGACCCACCUAACUUUGAUAAUAAUGCUAUAGAAACAGCCUUAGUUAAAUCAUAUUAUGCUAAAGUACAAUCACAAUUUUCUUCCAACCCAUCGGUGCCUAACAAUAAAUUUAUUCAAUUUCAAAAUAUCCUGAAAACAUUUGAUCCUACAAAAGAAACUCCGGUUGAAUUGUAUAGAAAAAUUGAGCGCCUGUGUGGUGAUGAACAUAAAGAUAUUUUGGAAGACUUUUUAUUGUUUUUAAAACCUGGCCAGGCAGCAAAAGUGGGCCGUUUCAUGGAUCACUUUAUGAUGGAACAGCUGAAUGGAUUCAUAGAACUUUUACAUAGAACAUUCUACCGCAAGCCUACUAUUUUACGGAAAAUCCUCAGAGCUUUAACUACAGGCCUGAACAGCGGCAGCAGUGAACAGAUGAAGACUCGUGUGUUGCCACACUUGCGAUCCAACCCUCGUCUUAUACAACUGUUCAAAUCUUUGUUUCCUGAUGAAAGACCACCAGAUAGCGCCUAUGAAAACGCGACCGAUACAAUUAAUGAGAGCUUCCUCACCGCCGACAACGGCUACGAUGUUUGGGAGUUUCAAGAGGACACUAACAACAAAUGGAAACGCGACGUUAAGGAGGGAUUAGACACGAUGUAUCUCCAUGGACGGGUAUUUCUCCAGCAUGGUAGACUACUCCGUUCUGCCAGCGUCACAUAUCCUUACAGCAAAGAACCGUACCGGGUACAUGCGAGACGUCUCGCGCCUUCACAUUGCCACUUAUCCCCACCAGAUUCCGGCGACGAAAGGUCCACAACCAAACGACCUAACAGGUCCGCCAAAUCAACUCCCAAAAAGACCAAGAAACCGCCUAAAUCACCCACUAAAAACGCAAAAGAUGUCAAUGAUAACACAAAGUUAAAAGACUGUGCUGUCACAAACGCGUUGACCUCUAAAUCACCCAAAAUCAAAUCCCAGAAUAUUAAGAAAACUUGUAAAGACAAAGACAGUAAUAAGAAUAAUAGGAAAGACAGUAAAGGAGCCACUUGUCAAAAGAAAGAUACUAAACAAGCCAAGGUGGAAACGAGGGUACCUGAAAUGAAAGCGGUGGAAACGAAAAAUACCAGUUGGACGAGAGAUGAGGAUAAGACAAUGUUGCAAGUUAUUAAGUGCGAAGCUGAUUCUGAGAUAGUCUUCGGACGAAUAGGUGAACUGUUGCCUCAUCGGUCCGUGUCCGAAAUUAAGGAGAGAUUCUGCCACGUUAUGUCGUUACUUCAACAAAUGGCAGUUGGGGAAGUAACAUAA